AUGGUAAAGUGGCCAAUACCAACAACGGUGAAACAGCUUCGCAGUUUUCUAGGACUCACCGGGUACUACCACCGAUUUAUCGCAAAUUAUGCCAGCAUUGCAGCCCCAUUGACAGACCUCCUUCGACAUGAAGCCUUCGUUUGGUCAGAUUUCGCUGCUUCUGCAUUUACCGCACUUAAACAAGCUAUGAUAGCGGCGCCAGUUUUGAGCCUACC